CUGUUAUUGGUUGCCAUUUCCAAUGCAAAUUUUCAUCCAUCUCCAAGGUCCACUAGUCUGCUUCUGUUUGUUGUCUGUGUUUUUUGUGGUGAGAAGCUCCAGCAAUGAAUACCACAGGACGGUCCAGGUAGUUGGCCAAGGAGAAUGCGCAGACUGCAGCCAUAACAACAUUAAGACCAGUCAUGCUUUCUCAGGACUACGUGUAGCGGUAAACUGUAAGUCACCUCAUGGACACUACAGAACGAGAGGGGUGGGUGCCCUUGACGAACAUGGAAACUUCAAAGUAUCCCUUCCACAGGACAUGGUAGAAGAUGGUGAGCUAAAAGAAGAUUGCUACGCUCAGCUGCAUAGUGCAUCAGCCGAACCAUGCCCUUCCCAUGGAAACUCAAAAAUUGUGACUGAGUCAGUAUCGGAAGAUACACACACCCUUAAGCCUGCUGCUGGAAAACUCACAUUCUCAUCAGCUAUGUGCACUUCAGCCUUUUUCUGGCAUUUCUUCAAACACCCUCAGUUCCCCUUCCCUCCCAAAGAUGACCACCCAAUAGACCCGCCAGUCCAUAAGGAACCUCUUCCUCCAACACCAACAUAUAAAAAACCUCCUACUAAUUCUCCAUCUCCGGUUACCAAGAAGCCAUACCCGCCAAAGGAAAAGACACCUUCUUCUCCCACUCCCAUUCAUAGGCCUCUUCCUCCUACUACUCCCAUUUCUGAUCCCUCUCCUACUACGCCGCCAUUUUUCAAAUUAUUUCCUCCUUUCCCAUUCAACAAGAAGCCGUGCCCACCUCUAAUUCCCAACAUGGAACCUCCAAACUACUUUCAACAUCCAUGGUUUGGAAAUUGGCCCCCUUCUCAUUCAUAGGCCGCUAAUCAUUGCACUAGCUUGGAGUUGAUUUUUUGUGUUAGCAAUGACGUUGGGAUUGAUUAUUUUCAAAUAAAAUAAAUGUCAGUGGAUGGAGAAAGAGAGCAGAGAAUAACAAAUGAUUGAGCAAUGUUAUCUGAGAAUGUUUGGGUUUGUUGAUGAAUUUGAAUGUGAUGAGUUAAUUAAUAAGUAAACAUUUCUAUUUUAA